UAAUGAGUGAUAAGUAUGCGUGUGGGGGGCGUGGCCCGGGGCCGGGAGCCACGCCCCCCUCACCAGACGUAUAUAUCAGACGACCCGGGGCCGCAGAACUCAGUACGCCGCCGACAACUGUCCACAGAACCGUCGCGCUCUGCACCCAGACCCGCAACUCACGUGUCGCUAGUUAUUGGUCAACUCUUGUGGAGCAUCAUGCAAGCACUUGGGGCCAUCCUCGCCUGCCUCGCCGCCGUCUCCGUCAGCGCCUUCCCUGUCAUGUUCCUGGCUUACACAGAUGGACGAGCUGAGACACGGAGAGGCAGUCUGCUGGACUGUUCCCCGCCCACCGACGGCUCCCCCCUCUCAUACAGGUGUCGACCGAUGAACCAGAACUCCCCUCGCCUCCUGCCUCGCCCCGAGGACGUCUCCGUAAUUGAGAUCGUCGAGGAUGACCUUGGUGGCAGGGAGAUAGUGGAGAUCGUAGAGGAGAUCGAGCCGUGGAGGUCACCCGUGGCACAGCUGCAGUCACUUGGCCGUAAGGAGGAGACGCAAGAACAGAGCUACGUUAUCACUGUACCUAAACAAAACAGAAUCAAGAAGCCUAGGUGCCAGUCUCACCAAGUCUAUGUCUCCGAGGUGGACUUGUGUGUGGACAAGGCGGGACACAUGCACCCUGAGGCGCUGGUGGCAAGGGACGACGACUCACAACCCAAGCCUGUGGUGCCCGUCGAGGACACCACCAUCAUUGUGGGCUACGAGAAGAGGAAGAAGUGUCCUGCAGGCCAGAUCUACGUCCCUGAAGUGGACAUGUGCUCGGACAUCAACCCCGUCAUCUUGCCCCCUAAGUCUUUCAACAAGAAGAAGGACGGUAUGAGGAAGGACAGGAGGGAGGACAAAUAAAAUCCACACACAGCAAUAGCAACAUUCUACCUUAAUACAACCAGUUGUAUACAAGGUGCAAGCAGCAGCAGCAACACAAUGUACAUAACAUAUUAACGAAAAUUUAUUUAUUCACUUUUAUAUAUAACUUUAAUCUAGUUAAGUGCAUUGAGGUUCCGCCGUGGUCCACGGGCGGUUUGGUGCCUGUUCACAGGUUCAAGUUCACUCUGUCCGAUUGUUUGUCACUACACAUAAUCUCUAAUCACCUCUCCUCGUUGUGCAGCUAAAGCCGUUCCCAAAGUCGCGUUCGUCAGUUUUCCAUAGUCAAGAAACUGCAUUUAAUGAAUUAUUUAUUAAUUUUAUUAUUUGUUAUAAUUUUGUGCAUAGAUAUACCUAGGUUAGGUUAGGCGUUUCUGUUUUGUUGAUAAUUAUUUGUAUAUAGAGCGCAUAGAUGAAGCAUUCAGAGAGGUGCUUCGAACAUAGGAAAUGAGUGAAACACCGAGAAAGUUCAAACGUAAUAACUUGCAAGUCAUGUGUAAAGUACUUCAUUUUAAUUUAUAAACAGGGGCGGGGGACGGCUGCUGAAUUAUAGGAUGUGCAUAACUGGAUUAUAGUCACUAUUAAGUUUUGGAACGAGUUAUUGAGCAGUACACAGGCAGUGCUGAGUUCUGGAACGAGUCUUAUGCGAUUCCAGUACGUAAACCUAAAGGCUUAUAUUAAGGACCCCCUCGUAGUCUAAUUACUGACCCUCCCCACGAUGCAACCCCACAAGCUGACUACCUCCUGGGUACCUAUUUUUCGGUUUGGCGAACAGAGGCAUUAGUGAUAGGCAACGCGCCCAACCAUUUCUGUAUCGCCUGGGAAAUAUGUACACUGAGAGUUUACUCAAGCAAUAAAUCAUGUUCUGGACAAAAGUACACUUUCUGGUUGGUCAGUAACUAUUGCGGUGGCCAAAACUCUCUGGCUGUAAUAGCCUACGAACAUUGCUGAAUUAUAUCUAAUGUUUUGAUGCAUUGGAAUACAUAUCAUAUAAUUGGAGCUUGUCUCGGACAGAGUCGAACCUGGAUGCGAUUGGUAACUAGUGACGAUUUGAAACUAGUUACGCAACGUGUUUAUUUAUAUUUUAGAUGCUGGAGAGUGGUUUUAUAUGCAGUCCGUCAUCAAAAGAAAGGUCCCAUAUGUCUGUUACAUGCAGUAGUCAUUAUCCCUGUUUAUAAAAUUAACUUCACACAACUCUGCUGAUGACAUUCGAGCUUCUCUCGAAAAUAGCUUCCCUCAAUUCAAAUGUUCAAAGUUCACUUCCCAAAAUAAGUCACAUUUGAGAAAUGUAACUUCUCUAUAGGCUUGGUAGGCUACAGUGUAGCCCCACCAAGCCUGGAGUAGGCUAUACUGUAUGUCCUUGUGUAUGCUGUAUGUCCUCGUAUACACUAUGUCUUCGUGUACAUUGUAUGUUGAGUAUGUAUGUCUACAAAUUUAUGUAUGAAUAUUCAAAUACCCCACGAAUAUUCAGUAUCCUUUAUCAGUGAAUGAGUAUAUCUGCUUAAAAACAAUCUUCAAGUACAAAAAAACUUUGUAAUUUUUUGUUAUAACUUGUGGUCUUCAAUAUAUUAUUGGAACUGGUA